GGCUGGGAUUGAACGAGUCUGGAUGGGCUCGGCAAGAGAACGAGGUGGUGAUGCCGGGCGCGACCGAGAUGGCUGGAGUGGAUAUGCGCCUAGAAGCAGGUGCUUAUCGGGAGCUGCAUUGGCAUGUGGCAUCGGAAUGGUCGUUGGUGUUGAACGGAUCGUGUCGGAUCGAGGCCGUCAACGAGAACGGACAAACUUUCGUCGAUGACGUGAGCGCUGGUGAUGUCUGGUUCUUCCCUCCCGGUGUUCCGCAUUCCAUCCAAGCCCUCGACUCGGGCGUCGAGUUUCUCCUCAUCUUCGAUGACGGUUCCUUCUCUGAGGAUAAUACUUUCCUCGCCACUGAAGUGUUUGCCCAUCAACCGCGCGAGGUCCUCGCCAAAAACUUCGACCUCCCCGUUGCCGCUUUCGACGACAUUCCCGAAGAUGAACUUUAUAUCUUUCCCGGAACUCCGGCACCGCAAAACAUCGAGGAGCAAAAUGUAACUGGCUCUGCAGGCGUCUUGCCCAAGUCCCAAAGCUACUCGUACCACUUCUCCGAGCAGCCCGCGCACGAAGUGCAAGGGGGAUCCGUCAAGAUCGUCGACUCCCUCACCUUCCCCAUCUCCACCAACACGGCUGCCGCGCUGGUGACAGUGCACCCAGGUGGCAUGCGUGAAAUCCAUUGGCACCCAAGCAGCGAUGAAUGGACGUUCUUCAUCAGUGGCAAGGCACGCGCGACCCUGUUCACGGCGCCCAGCACCGCCACGACGUUCGAUUACCGCCCGGGGGAUGUAGGAUACUUCCCGCAGAGCAACAGCCAUUAUAUUGAGAACACAGGAGAUGAGGAUCUGGUUUUCUUGGAGGUGUUGCAGACGGAUCAAUUCAGCGACAUCUCAUUGGGCCAGUGGAUCGGCUCCACGCCGAAGCAGAUUGUCUCGGAUACGCUGAACCUGCCACAGAGUGCGCUGGAUCGGUUGAAGACGGAGAAGAUGUAUGUGGUGGCUGGAUCAAAUGAGACGGAUAUUGCUGCCACUGCGUAGUGGCUGCUCUUCAGGGAUGUUUGAUGAUCUUUAUGAUACUGAUGACUGGACAUAUUG